AUGUGGGCUCCAGACGAUUCUAACAGCAACACGGUACACUUUUCAUUUCGUAUCGGUUGGAGACGAUCAAGCAGUCAUAGUCUUAAGUGUGACCAAAACAUGAUUAGCAGUCACCAACUUAUUAAUUACGGAGGCUUAUGGGAAGCAAGAUGUGACAAUUCGUCUAAUUCACUGUGUGGGUCUUCGCUUGCCAUUUCAAACAUCAACUUCUACUGCACUGAUUAUAGUGUGUCUGAAGAUUGGACAGUGGGCGAAAAUAACUUCACUUACACUUUCAAUGACAGCGAAAAGCAGUGGCACGUGAGUUUUUCAGGUUGCUGUUGGAUUUCUCUGAGUCAUUACGCCGGUUCCACAGAUUGGAAAGUAGAAACUGCAAUAAACCUCGCUCCACGAUCGGAUAACGGAAAAAUUAACUCAUCUCCUGUAACUCGAAGUCCAGCCAUUGUUCGAUUUCCAGGAGGUUGUCGUCAGUCAUUUCGAAUUCCAGUUGAAGACCCAGAUGGCGAUACAGUGAAAUGUCGCUCUGCGACUCAUUCGGAGUCCGUCAUAGUCGAUGCAAGUUUUCCUUACGGUGAAUUGGAUGAGAAAGCUUGCGUUCUAACAUACAAUGGGUCGCAAGCAGCAGUUGGCGGAAUGUUUGUAGUAGCAUUAACCUUAGAAGACUUUCCAGCGGGGACUACAAACUUCGGUAGCGUUACACCGUUCAGCAGUAUCCCAUUACAGUUUCUGGCCAUGGUGAUUAGUAACCAUACUGGCCAUUGUGACGAAAAGCCUGUCUUUACAGCAUCCACCCCAAAAGAUGGCGAAUGUUCCGAUGUCCCCAUUGCCUCUGCAUAUGGAGCAGUGAUCGAAGUACAGGUUGCAGACUUCUCAAAAUCCAUUGUGGAAAUAAGCACUGCAUCUCCAAGUGGAAUGCAACUUACAUCUUUGCGCAAUCAUGGACAAAUCUACUACCGAAAUGUCACAUGGUACCCCAGUCAACAUCAAAUUGGACAGCAAUUGUUCUGUUUUAAGGCCCGCGACUCUGCUGGACUGGAAAGUGACUGGCGAUGUGUGACAAUUCUCGUUGGCAUGAGCAGUACUCCGCGAGUCACUUUAGCAAGUCGCAUACCCAUAACACCCGUGAGCAGAUAUGGAUCAGGUUAUUCCAACUGGAGCGUUCAGUUUGACCGAUUGAUAAAGAAACCUCGAACAUCGUCUUACAUAAGACUCGUCUUGCUGCCCAGUGGACAAACUGUCUACAAAGUGGACGCACUCUCUCAAAACGUGACAAUUGGUAGUAAUUCAACCACACUGCAUUUUGCGAUUCCGCAUCCUGUGCUGAGCAUGGAUGGAUUAUAUGCAAUCCUGAUAGAUAAAGGAGUUGUUGUUGGACAGGGCUGUGCCUCUGGCGGUACACCCACACCCGGAAUAUCAUCCUCGAAUGCCUGGAGAUUCUACGUAGAUGGCGUUUGUUCUUCUGGAUAUUCUCUUCGCUCACCUGACUUCCAAAGCUGUGUUGAUGUAAAUGAAUGUGCCUACUCUGGUUCCAGAGGUGAAAUUUUCUUGUCUGUACAUUGGAACGCUUCAGGUCCGUCAAAUAUUUUUCCGGAGUUCACGUUAACCGCAGGUUGUGAUCAGGACUGUGACAACACUCCCGGAAAUUACAGCUGUUCCUGUGAAAGGGGAUUUCAACUGCAGUCGAACGGGAAGUCUUGUACAGAUAUCAACGAAUGUAUCAUCAAUAAUGGCGGCUGUAGUCAUCAGUGCUUCAACAUACCUGGAACAUUUUACUGCGGAUGUCCUAAAGGAUUAACGAUGGGGAGAAACAAUUUGACCUGUGUUGACCGAGCUGCAAGGGUUACGUGUGGGGAGAACAGUAUGAUGGUCUCUCUUGGAAAGGAAAGAUUCCACUACUUUACAGUCAAUCAACUACGCUUGCGCUAUGCCUCAUGCAAAGCCACCGAGAAUUCCACCCACUUCUUGAUCAGCACCUCUUUAGAUAGUUGUGGGACUCAGCGAAACGAAACCGAAGACUACUUAAUCUUUUGGAAUGAGGUCCUGGCCGACGCCCUGAUAAUCGAUGGUGUGGUUACUCGUUCACAUGAUAUAAAAAUGCCAUUUUACUGCCGAUACUCCAGAAAGAAGUUAAUGAGUCUGGCCUUCACACCUCAGAGGAUUUACUUCGGGAAUGAAACGGGAUAUGGUUCGUUCACCUUCAACUUGGACUUCUACGGGAAUUCGUCAUUUGCCACGCCCUUAACGGAGCAAGACUACCCUCUAUCACUGGCUCUGAAUGAAUUUGUUUAUUUACAGUACAGUGUGGCGUCCACAGCUGACCUAGUCAUCAUGGCUGAGAACUGUAAGGCGACUAAAGACGCAAGCUUCUAUUCGUGGCCGCAAUACACCUUCCUACAAAAUGGAUGCCCCACAGAUUCAACGCUUGAAUACAAUUAUAGUCCAACACGACACUACCAACAGUUUAAAAUCAGAACGCACAGAUUUUGGAACGACUACGAUAUAGUGUACUUCCAUUGUGAGCUACUGGCCUGUCAUCAUAAUUCUCCGGAUUCCAGGUGCAGUAAGGGCUGUAUAAAGAACAAGAGAAAGAGAAGAGAAGUGACAAGAGAUGUUGGAGACCAAGAGGAAAGUACAAACAAAAUCAUUCUUACAGGUGGACCUGUAGUGUUCGAGGCGGCAAAAGAAGACAAACCACUCGAUCACCGUAGGUUUUCGAAAAAAAAACUCCCCAAGCAGGGUGUGCAUGCAGUUCUGAUAGGUGGUGUGGCAGGUGCUAGAGUAUUUGGAAUGGUCGUAGUUGUAGCUGUGGCUGUUUUGUCGGUCAUGUAA